AUGGUAGUCCUCAAUGAUGUUGUGCAAGUACUUCGUGAAAACCAAAGUAAUAUAAACAAUGAAUAUGGCUUUUUCAGGUUGGGCUUAAGAAAAGGAUGUCAUUCUGAUGUGGAGUCUGGAUACUCUCUCUAUUCCACUGACUCUGAUGAUCAGGUUGAUACUAUUCAUAAUGGACUUGACCGUUGUGCAGCUUUACUGAAGAGUAUCUUACAAAAUGAGGCUACAGUGCCAAUAUCAAACAGAAAACUUGCCUCGUCCACCACACAUGCUGAGAAUGACCUUUCCGGUGCAGCACAGAAUCAGAUGGUUCAACCAAUUCAUGUGCCUUGCAGUCAGCACUCUCCUGUGAUGCAUCAGAAACUGUGCGAGCAUGUGCAAACACAGAUGUCUCUGAUAGCUGGCCAACCACUGCAGAGCAGUAGUGAAAUUCCUACUGUAACUCCUUUUCCUACCUCAAAUCACAGUUGUCAAAACGUUACAACUUUUAAUUAUCGAUUACCUACCUCCACGUCAGCUCUGUCCAUGCAGCAUUCAGCUAAUCCCUUGUCUACUCAGUCAAAUGUUCCUGUAGACAGUGGCAAUGAGUGUGUGCCAGAGAUGGGAGGACCUGUGGUUUGCCCAGUAGUUUCUGCUGCACAAAUACAGUCCGCCACUGCUUUUCCCAGUGUGAUCCCUUGUGUAGCAUCAGGUGCAUCAAGUAACUCUACAGUGCCUACACUCAUCCCAUCAUCUUCUGGCAGAGAGAUGACCCCAAACCACGAGCAGCAGAUGAAAGAAGCAGAUUUGAUAAGGUGCAUACAAGCUCACCUGGCUCUGUUACAGUCACAUGAAAUGAUGAACGGCAGGACUGGGCAGAAGCACCAUCACCACUGUCCACCAAAACAUAAUGCUUCAAGUAACAAGGAGGAGGAUGCUUCUGAAGAACACAGUGAGGGCAUGGUCGGCGAAGAAGAUGAAUUAAAUGUACUUGACAUAGCCUCAGUGAGAGAUACAAGCUGUAAAACAAGUUUUGUGAAGAAAGUUCUAAAAUCUAGAAAAGAAAGUCCAGAAGAAACAGCCCAUAAAGUUAAGACUGUAAAAUAUCUUCUGGGAGAGCUCAGGGCACUCGUAACAGAUCAAGAUGAUUCAGAAAUGUUGAGGUUGAUGAAUGAAAUAGAAGACUGCAUAUCCCUGCUCCCAGCUGUAGUGGGAAAUAUGAAUAUACAAGCUGAAAUAGCACUGGCUUUACAGCCUCUCAGAAGUGAAAAUGCCCAGCUGCGUAGGAGACUAAGAAUAUUAAACCAGCAACUCAGGGAACAAGAAAGAAGUGAGAAGGCGUCUGGACAGAGCUGCAACUAUGAAUUAGUUUCUUUGCAGUCCUUGAAUACGAUGCUCCAGAGUCAACUGAAAGAAUCGUUGAAAGGCCUGGAGUCACUGCAGGCUAAAAAUGAAGAGCUACUUAAAAUAAUAGAAAGUCAGAAAGAAGAAAAUAAACAUCUUGCAAAACAUAUUCAGGAUAAAGAAGAAGAAUUGCUUGCAAACAAACAGCAUUAUGACAUUCAUUCCACCAAGCUCAAGAUUGAAGUGGAGGAGGCAUUAGCAAAUGUGAAGACCCUUCAGUUUAAGCUGGAAGCUUCAGAGAGAGAAAACAAGAUUUUGGGCAUAACAUUACGUCAGCAUGAUGCAGAAGUUAACAGACUGCGUGAAUUAACCAGAACCUUGCAGGGCAGUAUGGCCAAGCUUCUGUCUGACUUAACAGUAGACAACAUCAGACCCAAACCUGAAAAAGGUCUCUCAAAGUCUCUUUUGGAAGACCAUGAAAAGCAAAUGCAACCUGAUCCAUUUCCUGGGAGUACUUCAGUAAUGACUUACCUUAAAAAAUUAGAAAUGGAUCAUAUUUUGAUAGAUACAGAACUUCAGUUCUCAAAUAAAAGUGGAGAAUUAGAAGUGCAAAAUCUGGCCUAUGAAAAGUUGUAUGCUGAAAGAAGUAAAAUAAACAGUACAUUCUCAGAAGAAGGAAAAUCAACUCCCCGAAGGCCACCAGCCUUGCUGAAGCAAGAUGCAGAAACGGCUAGUGAUUCUGGGACUUUACUAGAUGAGCAAAACAAGUUGGAUGAGACUGUUUAUAUUCCAUUGACUAGCAGUGCCUCAAAGAAACAGUUGCCAAUGUCUGAAAGAGGUAGUGUGCUACCCCACGGUAGAGGGGCUUCUAAGAUGUUGGACUACCACUGUGAGCUCUCAAACUCUGUGCAGCAGAAUGGAGGUGAGAUAUCGAAGGAUCCAACUGUUCUGGAUAAAUUAAGUGCUGGGUACAGCGUGAAGAAGGCUGUGGAAAACACGCUUGAAGUUACAGGGGAUAAAGUGAGCCCAGAAGGAGACAAAGUCCAAACGAGGCCAAAAGGCACUCCAGGUGGAGCUGCAAAAGGCUGUGCAGAUAAACCAGACCAACCUCAGCCUCGUACAUACCCUCGCAUACCAAUGCUAUUUCCAGCAGAGAUUUCUCAGAAAAAAGGCAGUGAAAUAGCUGAUUUUAGUUCCAUUUCAUUUGAUGAUGUAUCAGGGAAGUCUGACUGGAGUGCAUCCUCUUUCUCAACGUUUACUUCUCGAAAUGAAGAGGAGUUUAAGAAUAGUUUAGCAGCCUUGGAUGCCAACAUAGCUAGGUUACAGAGAACUCUGCAAAGUAGCACUAUGAAACAGUGA